AUGGACCUGUUGAAAUUAAUGUCCAGUAGGGCAGCGGGUUCAGGCCCCCUAGUGUACACGGCUGGAGCUGCAGCGGCGGCUGUCAGCGUUUACAGUGAUUUUAAACGAGGGGAGAAAUCAACCUCGGACUCUGGAAACACAACUGGAGCCGAAGACCCAGUGUGUGUCCAGGCUACAGAACUAGCUGUGGUCCAACCCACAGAUGUUCCCCAGGACCAGGCCAUGGAUUCUGUGAAUGAGCUUGAGGAGAGAAUUGGAAUGUCAGUGACGUCCAAUGAUCAGCUGGAGGAAAGAAUGAAGGAGUUGGAGCAACUGCUCUCUGAAGCCAACAUAGAUUGUGACAUGAAAAGCAAGGAAUCGGAGCAAGACUGGGAGGCGGAGAAUGGUGAACUAAAAAAAAUUCUAAUUCACAAUGAGGAGUUACUGAAGGUCACACUUGCUGAAGCUCCGGAGGCUGUAGAGUCCAUUACUCAGCUUGAGACUGAGAGUUCUGAGUUGAUGGACAAACUGAAGACACUGCAGAGCACAGUAAAGAUACUACGAAGCCUCCUGUAUAAAAGUCAAAAGGAAUGUGACGAUCUAACUAUUAAGUAUGAGCGAGAACUGGAGGCUCACGCCAUCCUCCAGGUAGAGAAUGACGAGAUAAAAAAGAAUCUCAUUCACAAUGAGGAAUUACUAAAGGUUGCCCUGAAAGCAAAAAAGAAAGCUGAAGAAGCCAUUGCUAAUCUGGAGGCAGAAAAGUCUGAGUUGAUCACUAAAGUGAAGAAAAAGCAGAGCACAGUGCAGAAAGUGAGGAAAGCGCUAUAUAAGACUGAACAGAAGUAUGAAGAUCUAAUGAAUGGUCGCGGGGGGCCUGGAGCCUAUCCCAGGAGACUUUGGGCACGAGGCAGGGUACACCAUGAGGAGCGUGAGCAAGAACAUGAGGUUCACACUGACCUCCAGGCUGAAAAUGACAAGAUAGAAAAAAGUGUGUUUCACAAUGAGGAGUUACUGAAGAUCCCCCUGAUGGACGCUAAGAAGAAAGACAAAAAAACUGAGGAGGCCACUGCUAACCUAAAGGCUGAGAAACCUGCACCGAUCACCAAAGUAAAGAAAAGGCAGAGGAAAGGGAAAAAAAUGAGGAAUGCACCAGAAAAGACUGAAAAAAGUGUCUAACAAAGUCUAAAGCAUGAGUGUUAGCAAGAGUGGGAUGCAUCAGCACAUGUCAAGCACGAGACAGAAUGCAAUGUUAAAUGUGUGUGAUUGUGAGAGAGCUCAGUUACAUGUAGAUAAAUAAAUUU